UACAUAUCCGUAUUAAUCACGACACGCACCAGCAUUGCAUUUCACAACUAUUCAUGCACUACCCCCUUCAUGCUUGACUCUUACUAGUACUUUUCGGACCUUUCUUCAAAAGCAGAUAACCUUCAAGUUUCACGUCACCAACGCCAUGACGACUAGUCAAGAGAUCAAUAACGCGCGCUUCAGCAAGGAAGCACUAGAGUGGGAUUCGAAUGAGAAGCAUGUAGAAUCAACCUCGAAAGCACUCGAAGCCAUCAAGCGAUACGUACCUGCCUUUAAAGAUGGAAGCAACAAAGAUCUCGACGUACUAGAAAUCGGUUGCGGAACUGGCCUCCUUUCCUUCAUGCUAGCUCCACACGUACGCAGCCUCAUCGGCGUCGACACCGCAGAUGGCAUGAUAAGCGCUUUCGACACCAAGCUUGCGGAUCUUCCAACAGAGCACCCAAACCUCUGCUCAGUAAACCACUUUCUAACGAAUCCGGACUCGCAUGAAUUGCAGAGCGCAGCAGCGCUCCUCGCCACCCAUCGCGGAGAGGCACCAUCGCCGCCCUACUCGUAUCGAUUUGAUCUUGUGGUUUCCCACCUGACGUUACAUCAUAUCCCUUCGAUGGCGGAGAUCUUAGCGACUAUGCACAAGUGUUUGAAGCCUGGAGGUGUUGUUGCGUUGACAGACUAUGAGGACUUUGGACCGGAGGCUGUACCAUUUCAUCCGGUGAGCAAAAGGCCGGGAGUGGAAAGACAUGGGAUUAAGAAAAGCGAGAUGGAAGAGUUGUUGCUAGGGACAGGGUUUAAUGAGGUGAGGGUCGAUGAAGCCUUUAUUCUGCGGAAGGAGGUUGAUGCUGAGGAUGGGAAGCCGGCGAGAGAGAUGGAUUUCCCGUUCUUGCUGUGUUUCGGGGUGAAGAGUUGAAGUAGUCGCUGGUAGGUAGGCAAUUACGAUAGUGUUCGACGGCGUCUGUGGCAGUUCAGAUGUGUCCAUAUCCAUCUUCUGCAUCAUGACCUCCAGAUCUUCGACCUCUUUAUCUCCAGGUUCCUGGCCUUCAUCAUCGUCGAAUCCGGCUAGCGCACCUUUCAUGCCAAACAGCUCCAUGUUCAUCUCCGCCUCUUCUGCCGCAAAGCUGCCUUCAAAACCGUCAUCCUCGCCCAAG